CCACCUUUUUUUAUACAUUUAUUGUUUGUAUAUCUUUUAAUAAAUAAUUUUGGAGUAUUAAACAUUUUUUUGUUUUUAUCUCAAAAAAGUGUGUUAUGUCGAUAUUUAUCGCAGCAGAAGCCCUACCUCCCCAACCCACGCCAGCACUCCCACCCCAACCGCCAGCCCCACAACCACAACCGGCUCCUCAUCAACCAAGGCAACGGAGGCGUGCUAGGCCACCAAUUUUCAGAACCCGUGUCCUACUUUUUGGGAUGCCAGAUGAUGUGGUGGUGCGUAGAUACAGGCUGCCACCACAUCUAAUCCUAGACACUCUCUCCAUAAUAGAGAGUGAUCUGGAGUCUGAAAUUCGGUAUCCUACAGCAAUACCACCAUUGACACAAUUCCUUGCUGUGUUACAUUUUUUGGCUACAGCCUCAUAUCAACAUGUUGUGGGAGACCUGGUUGGCAUGUCGCAGGGCCAGUUCAGUAAGGUCCUGCGGCAUGUCUGCCAGGCUUUCCUAAAGCGGGUGAAGCAAUUCAUUGAUAUGCCUUUGGAUGUUGGUGCCCUAGAUGUGGUGAAGCGGCAAUUUGAGGAAGGUGGUAGUCGCUUCCCACAUGUUAUUGGGGUUGUGGAUGGCACACAUGUUGCUAUUCAGCCACCAAGACAUAAUGAAGAAAUUUAUAGAAACAGGAAACUGUUUCAUUCUCUGAAUGUAAUGGUUGUUUGUGGGCCAUCCCUCCAGAUCCUUUCCCUGAAUGCCAAGUUUACUGGAAGUUCACAUGAUGCAUAUGUCAUUAGACAAUCAGGGAUAUGGCAGAGAUUAAGAGCAAGUCAACGAGCAGACAUGUGGUUAUUGGGAGACCGUGGAUAUCCUUGCACCCCCUGGCUCAUGACUCCUUACCGUAAUCCCAGGCCAGGACCACAGAUGGCAUUUAACUCCGCGCUUACUGCCACUAGGCAGCUGGUGGAGCGCACAAUUGGUGUCCUUAAAGGGCGGUUUCGUGUGCUCCACCGCACUGGUGGCGACAUCAUGUAUUCGCCGGAGAUGGCAAGUAAAAUAGUGGUCCUGUGCGCAAUACUACAUAAUAUCGCGGUAAGGAGUAGUGUAGAGCUUCCUCAGGCAGAGGAAUUGCCUGAUGAGGAGCCAGGGGUUGUUCGACACUUCGGUGGUGGGAGUGUUACACGGAGGGGGAGCCAAGUGAGGGCAAGGAUUGUUGCCGAAUAUUUCAGGUAUAGUGUUUUUAUAUUAUUUUUAUGUUAAAAAAACAAAGCACAGUAUGCUUAUGUUUUGUUUGUAAUGUUGACAUUUUGUUUGAGAUUGUAAGGUCAUUGUGUAAUGGUUUUGGAUUUUUUGUUUAUUUGUCAUUUUUAAAAAAGUAAAAAUCCGUUAACACGUUAAGCUUACAAUUUGAGAUUAGUACAAAAUAUAAUGUGAUGUGGCUAAAUAGUGUCCUUAUUUGUUUUAUAUCCUAAAAUCUUGAUUAUUUAAACAAACACAAAAACAAAUGAAAUUAAAUGUUGCCCACUUUGUGACUGUCCAGCUGAAUGAUCACACAAACUGUGGACAACAACAACGGCAGACCUCUCCGCCCCCUUCCCAGUCCCCCUCCCCUUCUCACUCCCCCUCCCCUUCUCACUCCCCCUCCCCUUCCCAGUCCCCCUCAUCUUCCCAGUCCCCCUCAUCUUCCCAGUCCCCCUCAUCUUCCCAGUCCCCCUCAGCUUCCCUGGCCCACACCACUUUACACUCCCCUUCUCACCACACCUCUCCAUCUCUUUCUGGGACCCCUUCUCCUCCUUCCCAUACCCCUUCUCCUUCAACUUCUAAAUCACCAUCUCUGCCCCCCUCACCCUCUAUUGGCUUAACUUUCUCUCCGCCCCCCUCGCCCUCUCAAUCAGACCCCCCCUCUGAAAUUCCAGCACCAAUCCAGCCUCCUUCCCCCAUCCAGCCUCCUUCCCCAAUCCCUCCUCCUUCCCCAAUCCCUCCUCCUUCCCCCAUCCAGCCGCCUUCACCCAUCCAGCCAACAUCCCCACCCAGUGAAUGGGCAGAGGAAGCCCCUGAAGCCAGUUCAGGGAGUGUUCAUGUUGCCGUGGAAAAUGUUGCCGUUGGAGAUCCCACAUCGUUGCGGGAGAUUGUGGGAAACAUGAGGCGACAUCUCCAGGCCUUGCUGGGUCUGCUAGAUGAUAUGGAAAAUUUUUGUUAA